AUGACACUUCUAGAUACGGCCGUUUCAACUGGAAAUAGGGAGAUGGCCCAGCUACUUCUGGACGCUGGCGCUGAUGUAGACGCGAGGGGUAAAACAGGAUUUCUAGACCGCAACACCAGUCCACUUCAUGUUGCCUGCCGACUCGGUCUCAUAGACAUGGUACGUCUGCUACUCAACGCAGGCGCAGACGUCAACCUCCCGAUCACUAACGGCAUAACUGCGCUACAUACUGCAAGUAUGCGUGGAUUCGCUUCGAUCUGUAAGCUACCUCUUACUGAGCGUGGCGCACUCAUAGUAACAGAUGCCCUACACCAGACGCCAUUACAUAUUGCAACAAGGUUGCAUCAUAUAGGGCCGCGGUACAAAAAGACGGCCGUGACGUUGAUUGAAGCUCUUCAAAACCAGUUUUCUGGUUAUAGAGAGGGCAGCAACCGGGACAGUAGUGAUGACGCCCAAAAUCUCUCGAAAAUCAUCAACGCGCAAAUUGAUUAUAACAAACGAACCGCCCUAAUGUACGCAGCAAUAACUGGCGAUGUGAAUCUGGUGAUAUUUAUGAUUGAUAUCGGGGCCAGCAUACAUAUCACCGAUGAGGACGAUCGUGAUGCUUUGUUUGGGGCUACGAUAAUGGAUGAUGUGGACAUGGUUCGUUGCUUGCUGGACAACGGCGCGCAACUUGACCGAAUGCGAGGAGACGGUAGCUUAUUACUGCAUGAUGCUUGUGCCUGCGGUAGCCAAGAGGUGAUUGAAGAAUUUCUCAAACGAAAUACACCUGUUGAUCAUCUUGAUAACGACAUGACCCCCCCUAUUGGAGUCGCAGCUACGUGCGGCUUGAUCCGUGCGGUGAAGCAGCUCAUCCCACGGAGUUCCAAAGAGAUGAUAUCUCUCGCACUAAUAUUUGUGGCACGUUACGGUUGCCACGAGAUUGUCAAUACCCUGGUAGAAACUGGCGCAAAUAUCAAUCAUCAAGAUGAAUUCGGCAAUACACCGCCCCAGUUCUCCUGCUGGAAUUCGUGUCCAAAAUACAAUUCGAUAUUACUUUACGACCCCCUUUUAGAUUCCUCCUCUGGAAUUUAUGUUCUUACCUUGAUGACCCCUAAGAACUACAUAUUUCAUGCAGCAGAAGCUGGUAAUGAGUGCUUCAAAAUUCUCCUAGAGCACGGAGCACAGGCAGUGUUGCCUGAGAGCAUUAAAAGACCACCUCAACACUACAUAUUCAAAGCUGGGGUGUCUUUCCUUGGCGGACUUGCCUAUACAUGCUCUCCUAAUAUAAUCAGAGCCUAUGUCGAGUACCUCAAGCUCCAAGUCAGUGGGGAUGCUUUCCUCUUAGAGAUCAAUGAAGCUCUUGCCGCGGUGACGUAUGUUUCAAAGCUCGAGAACAUAGAAGUUCUGCUAGAGUGCGGCGCAGACCCCAACUUUAUGACCACUAAGUUUGACAUCGCGUAUGGCUCAGCUAUUGGCAUGGCUGUUUUGGAUGGUGAUCUAGAGAUUUGGCACUUUUGGAACAGCUCUAAACGCAACUUGCCUGGUGUCUCUCGAGACAUUGCGGAUGACCUAGGGCGGCUCCCUCCCCAUCUUGCAGCACUGUGGUGCCCUACUAAUACAAGAAUUGAUUUUCUGACUACAGAAAGUUCUACAUUCAGAAGCACAGAUAAGCAAGGGCGUAACGCACUUCACCACGCUGCCACCGGAGGUCGGUCUACCAUGAUUGAGAGGAUACUAAAAGAAUGCCCCGACUUAAUCAAUGUCUCAGAUCGUGAUGGCUGGACACCACUCCAUUGGUCUUGUCGGCAGGAUGACAUACAAGCCACGGAGUCCUUGAUCAAUCAUGGUGCCAAUAGAGAGGCCAUAACUCAUCAUAGAUGGGCUCCUCGCCACGUUGCUAUCUACCACGGAAAGACAGAACACCUAGACUUCUUUCCGGAAGACGGCGGUGAUACCGACGACGAAGAGCUGCCUAGUGAAGCGGCGGAGCUAGUGGUCUACAGUGGCUGUAACUCAUGCUUCUGUGAGAUUUACGGGACGGGAUAUCGUUGCGGUACAUGCCCUGGUUAUUGGCUCUGCUUUAAGUGCUACUGGAUCCAUGAGGAGACACACCCUAGACAUCAUGUGUUCUCGCGACGUGAUCAAGAUUCAAAUGAGCUAGAUACGCCACCAAGUGACGAGCUGGAAGCUACAAAUGGACAAGAUGGAGAGAAUAAUUAA